AUGGCUAAUUGGUCAGAUCAGUUCAUCCCGUACGAGAACCCUAGGCAGGGCUGCGCCGCCGUCGCAAGGGCGCCGCCGUCGCAGGGCGCCGCCGCCGCUACGUCGCCGUCUCCGGUCGCCGCGGCCGCUGCCGCCGCUACGUCGCCGUCUCCAGUGUCACCGCGGCCGCUGCCGCCGCUACGUCGCCGCGGCCGCUACGCCGCCGUCGCCAAGGCGCCGUCUCCUCGGCGCGGCGCGCCUGCAGCUCCCAAGCGCAUCCCCACAGCGGAGUGUAUGACGCCGGUGAAGAAGAAGACGCCGGUUAAGAAGAAGGCACCGGUCAAGAAGAAGAAGACGCCGGUUAAGAAGAAGACCCCGGUCAAGAAAUCAGCUGAACAAAAGGGAAACAACAAGCAAACUCAAGGUGCUGGAAAGAAACCUACAGGGAAGAACAAGAAGGUGAUUGUUACACCAUCUAUUACUGAUGCUGUACUCAAUCCAACUUUAGGAGCCAAGAGAAGUCUGCUUUGGUGGCUUGGGGGAGAUUCUGAUGCAUCUGCUGCUCCACCUCCGGCAGAUAUGCCAUCUGAUGCUCCACCUCCUUGUAAUUUGUUGUGA